CACCACUGCGCCAUGCCCACAUCCAAGGCAUUUCUCAUCUUGGUGCUCGCCGUGCUCACUCCCAUGGCGGCGACCUCCCAGGACACGGCGACGAACCUUACCCUCCACAACCUGUGCGCGUACCCCGUGUGGCCGCUCAUCACUCCGAACAUCGGCCUCCCCGCCAUCCCCGACCUGGACGACGCCGCCAGCCGCCUCGACGGGGGCGGAGAGGGGCUCGUCACCCUGUCGUUCCCUUCCGGCGCGUGGUCCGGCCGCGUCGUGGCGCGCACCGGCUGCAGCAGCAGCGAUGACUACGACUCCUCCUCCCCCUCCUCCUCCUCGCCGGCGGCGGUGACCAGGUGCGACACGGGCAUGCCGCCGGCGCCGGUGACGGUGGCGCAGGUGAGCGUGCACGGGUCCGGCGGGCUGGCGGAGUACAGCGUGAGCCUGGUGGACGGGUUCAACCUGCCGGUGAUGGUGACGCCGCACGGGUUCGAGCAGGGCCGGCAGUGCCCGUCCCUCGGCUGCGCGGUGGACCUGGACGUGGACUGCCCCCGCGACGCCAGGGCCCCCGCCGGCGGGUGCAGGGCCCAGGGCCAGGGGCACUUCUUCAAGGAGAGGUGCCCGGACACUCGGACGACGCCGACGGACGUGGAGGCCACGCCGCAGCGCUGCAUCCAGCCCGGCGAGCUCAAGAUCGUCUUCUGCCCCGAUUCUUCCUACUAGUCACUCGCUACCACACCACACACUAGGCUAGCUAGACCGGCUGUGUGUCACUCACGAUGCCGGUUAUAUAAUAAGCUUAGCGAUUGAUUGCUGAUUCGCUAAGCCAGA